AUGGCUGGACAAGUUGUCUCGGAACGACCAACAUCAUUAUUUGAGUUCGAGCUUGUUGAAGCAGCCAGAGCAGAGUUCGUCCGGCGAAGUGGCGAACUGGAACAGGUCGAAGUCGUCUCCUUCAAGCCUUCAACCAGUUGGCAGUCAGCAGGUGAGCAUUCGGUUUCGACUCAGUUCACUGCUUCAGCAGAAUCAGCAGCCAGCAAGCAACCGAGCAGACGAGCAGUGAAGCAGGAGCAGCCUAGCAGCAGGCACAGAAUUGGAAGAGGGCCUUUUGGUGAUGUUUGGCUUGCAACUCAUCAUAGCAAUACUGAACACUACAAGGAGUAUCAUGAAGUGGCCAUUAAAAUGUUACAUCCUAUUUGCAUUGUUAUGAAAUUUUACAAGGGCUCGGUUGGUGACAAAAUGGCUCGAUACAAAGGGGGGAAAUUGCCACUGAGUGAUGUUCUGAGGUACGGAGCAGAUCUUGCUCAAGGAAUAAUGGACCUUCAUGCAAAAGACAUCCUUAUUCUCAACCUUAAACCUUGUAAUUUCCUUUUGAACGAGAAUGACAGGCAAUUCUUGGGGACAUUGGAAUUCCUCAUUUUACAAAAUGCAGUUUACCAGGAUGGAGGCUGGAUGGGACUUGGAAGCAGAAUGAUUAGGGAGAAACCAGGUGGUAGUGGUUAUACCGAGUGGUUCCUUGCAAAGGACCAUCUCCAAGUAGGCGACAUGGUGCGAUCUAGGAAAUCACCGGACUCUUGCAACCCAGAAAACAUGGAUGUCCCGAAGGGGGCUGUAGUUGGUCUGGAACGUGACACUGAUCAGGAUGGAUUUGUGUUAAAAGAAGACAGAAAGCAUUCGCCUGUGGGUGGUCUUCAUUCGAUUACCCGUGAUGGAAGUGUGGCUGUAACAUUUAUAGGACUGGAGACUCUUUGGAAGGGCAGCUACUCAGAGUUCCAGAUGGCAAAACCUUACUGUGUAGGGCAGUUCAUUACGCUGAACUCAAACGUCUUUAGCCCUCGAUUUGAAUGGCCUCGAAAAAGAGGUGGCGAGUGGGCAACCGGAAGAAUUUGUCAGUUCUUGGCUGAUCCGGCUGAAGGGGAACUAGUAUCGUUUGACACUUGCCCCGGAAUGGUGAAGAAGUAUCAACAUCUCGAGGAUUUCCAUUGGGCCGUCAGGCCACUAUCAAUCGCAUUGGGCGUAUUUACGUCCAUGAAGUUUGGCCUUUUCAUUGGGAGGAAAAUUGGGAGAUCAAAGAAUAGAAAGGGACUGAAUCAUGACAUCCAAAAUGGUCAAAAUGCAGAUGGCUCGACUGCUGGCAACACUUAA